AUGGAUCCUGCCGUUCUGCGCCGUACUCAAGACUCCCUGGGAAAAGUCAUCCGCAAACCGCCGCUCACCGAUAAGCUGCUAGGAAAACCACCAUUCAGAUAUCUGCACGACAUCCUGACUGAGGUGAUCAAAACCACUGGGUUCCUGAGGGGUCUUUACACAGAAUCGGAGCUGAAAUCAGAUCUUGUGAAGGAAAAGGAUGCCAAAAUUUACUUCUUGCAGAAAGCCAUAGAUGUAGUUGUGCUGGUGACUGGGGAAUCACUGGCAGUCAAACCUGCACGGAUAGUGGCUGGACAUGAACCAGAAAGAACCAAUGAGUUGCUUCAAGCAAUAGGAAAAUGCUGCUUGAAUAAGCUCUCCAGUGAUGAUGCUGUGAAAAGGGUUCUUGCAGGACAAACGCCAGACAUCAAGGGGAAACUGUCAUCAGGCUCUAUACCCCAGGAUAAAGUGAACAGAGAUGCCAAGGAUGAGGAGAAGAAAAGCCAUAGAAAGAAGGAGGAUAGACGCGAGUCUGAAAUUAGAGAACAAAGUGGGAGCCAGGAAAGAAAGGAGAGACACCAAAUAAAACAGGAAGAAAAUAAACACCCAGAAAAGGAUCAAGAACGGAAGAAGGAAAGAAACAUAGGGGACACAGAGAAUGAAGGUUUAAGAGAAGGAGAGAGAAAUGACAAAGAAAAAAGCAAAAGGAGAUCAGAAGCUGAGAAGGACCAAAACAAAGAGAAAAGUAGAGAGCGAAGGAGUGAAGGGAACAGAGGGAAGGAAAGGGAAAAGGAUAGAAUAAGAGAGCGAGAAAAAGGAAGGGAAAAAGACAGAGAACAAGAAAAAGGAAAGGAAAGAGGGAAAGAUCAAGAAAAGGGAAAGGACAGAGAACGAGACCAAGAAAAGGGAAGGGACAGAGAACAAGAUCAACUAAAGGGAAGGGACAGAGAACGAGAUCAACUAAAGGGAAGGGACAGAGAACGAGACCAAGAAAAGGGAAGGGAUAGAGAACGAGAUCAACUAAAGGGAAGGGACAGAGAACGAGACCAAGAAAAAGAACAUAACAGAGAAAGAGAUUCUGACCGGGGAAGGCGAAAAGUGAGAGGGAGAGAUGAAGAGUCGCCAAAAGAAAGGGAAGAAGAAAAUCAACCGGAGUUGGAAAGAGCCAGGACCAAAGGAUCUGACGUAUCUGUAAAAGAAAGCAAGUCAGCAGCUGAGGAGCUCUCCAAAUCCACAAAAACAGCACGACCAUCAGCCUCAAAACUGAGAGAGCGGCGACCAGUGAGACCUGUAGGGGAAGGGGAAGCUGCUAGUGAUGGAGAAGGAGAUGCUGUAGAACUUACAACUUCUGAAACGGGAGGAACGUCAGAUGAACUGCCAACUCCUGCAGCACAAAGAAGAAUCCCUCGUCCUGGGAGUGCCCGUCCAGCUCCUCCACGAGUUAGACGACAGGAAAGUGCAGAAACUCCAGUCAUAGAAAGGGUCAGUAGUGGAAAAGGGGUCACUAGUGUGAUUGUCGACAAGCCAAAAGAGGAAGAUGAUGAUGAGGAUUUUGUGGUGGAAGAAGCUUCCCAUCAGAUCCCAGAUAUGCCUGGAAUGGAACUGGAGCCAGAGCUGAAUCUGCCGGAUGAUGAGAAGCAUGGUGGACUUGUCAAGAAAAUCCUAGAGACAAAAAAAGAUUAUGAGACACAGGCAGAUGGAACCAGUAAUAAGGAGACGUUGCUGCUGUCAGAUGCCAGUAGGAGAAAGGAGAAAGAUAUUGUUGCCAAGGAGAUUGAGAGGUUACGUGCAUCAAUCCAGACACUGUGCCGUAGUGCUCUACCACUGGGCAAAAUCAUGGACUAUAUUCAGGAGGAUAUGGACACCAUGCAGAACGAGCUACAGACUUGGAGACAGGAGAACCGUCAUCAUGCUGAAGUGCUGCUCAGAGAACAGAGUGUCACAAACACGUCUGUAGAACCUCUGAAGGCUGAACUAGCUGAGCUUGAGAAACAAAUUAAAGAACAGCAAGAUAAGAUCUGCAUUGUAAAAGGAAACAUCCUGCGGAACGAGGAUAAGAUCCAGAAAAUGGUGCAGAGUAUCAGCGUGUCAUCCAAAGAAUAAGUAGUAGUCACAGACUAUUUUUCUCCAAAGUAUAAUGACUUGUGCACAGGAUCAUACCCAGGAAAUUCCUGAAGAUGUCUGCUGAUUUUUAUAUAUUCUGUAUAAAUUAUUUAUAUACAUAAAAAUCAUAAGAUAGUUUUGUUUUUUUUGUGUGAACAUAUUGUAAAACUUGAAAAAUUACACACUAUUAAAUUGUAUUGUUUUAUUUUCUAUAAAACCCUUUGAAAAGUA